GAAAAUCUCUCAGCCUCAGUGGCAGCCUAAUCGUAUGCGGUUUUAAAUUCUACAUUGCACUUCAAUACUACUUGAAUCAUCAUGGUUCCUACAUAAGUAUUGGCGCCAGACUCACCUAUCACCCCAACACGCCAAAUCGCACUCCUCAUCGUUUGUCAGGCGUCGGUUACCAGACCUAAUUCUUGGGAUUAACAGCGUACGGCUGAAUGACCACCUCAAUCGCCGUAGUCCAAAUAUUGCCGCAUUCUACCUCAAUCGCAAACUAUUAAAGCCCUAUUGACAUUGUACUGCCUUUACCAUGACUUUACCGGCUUCUGAGUCUCAGAUGCCCGAAUUUGGAGACAUCCACCAUGCAACAAUGGGAUGCAUCUCUGAUUUCGAGAGCUGUCUAUCCAUCAAGCCUCUUAUGAAGGAGGGCUGGGCUGAGAGUCGACUUGCCGACCUAAAUCUUUGGGCCUCAGGCGUUGGUGCACUGGCGAGUCCUGAUGCUUCGCUUGAUCGACGACUACGGUUUCAGCCAAAGCCUCGACUGGUCCUGAUCAACCUUCUCCUAACUCUUCGGGAAUUCAUCAGUAGCUGCCGCAUGCAUGUUUUGAACGAGACUCAUGAUAAAAAGGAAAACAUCGACAAUGAAGCAGAAUCUGAUAUCGCCCCUGUGUCUCCUGCAGAGAGUACUUUAGAUUUAACUCUUGGUGAUGAUUCGAAUCCUACUGGAAGUUCUACCUCUUGGUUUACAGCGUUGGCUUACAGCCUAAAGACCGCCUCGGACACUUCUACAGAUUCCAGCGUAGGAGACGGGUGGACGAUCCGCAUUCUGAAGUGACGCUAAAGAAAGCAAUGAAAGACGUUGAUGAUAUCCUAGACCAGCUCAUUAUGCUUGGCUUCGCGAUUCGAAAGUCGGGAACAGUCGCAAGACUACGCAAAGCCGACUCAUCAUUUAAACCCAACGAGAACGAGGAUUUGCAAAAACACCUUGAGU